AUGUCUGCAGAGCACACUCGCGAUUGGUCGACCCUACUACCAGCUGAGAAACCGACCGGACCAAUUGACCAGGCAUUUGAGCUACCAGAAAUCGAAUGCUUUACCCUGUACCAGUUUCCUUGUGUUCUAAAGCAUCCUUCGGACUAUGCCAUGUGGCGCAAUGAGAUCUUUCAAAUCCUCAAAAUUCACAGACUCCACCGGCUCAUCGACUCUGGCAUUCCCCGCCCUUACAAGGACUCGCCCAAUGCUAGGAGAUGGCAACAGAUGUCGAUCGAGGUCCGCAACUGGAUAGCGUGGAACAUGAAUCCAAUCCUUGUGCGCAUGAUUGUGAAAGGCCAGCCUCGAGCUCAACUGGCAGACGAGUUUAUGAUGGGGGCUGAGACGAUUCUUCGGGGGUCUACCUGUAGUCCUGCACAGGACUACGAGGAUGUCUCCGACGGUCUGUUCAAUCUCAUUGGGUGCCAGCGUCGUGGUUUUUCUAGCGCCCGGUGGUUUGUUCACCGUCUCAUGGAGUACUACACUCACACCUUGAAUAUGAAAAUGGGAAUUCCGCCAUUUAUCCCGCUGCUGAUUCUGUUGGCAGAAAUUGAGGGUGAUGUCGGAACAGAAUUUGUCAACUUGAGAUAUGAGCGGUUGGAGAAUAUGCACAACCUCGCCCAGGAUGUUACAAAGGCGUACUUUGAAAACGUUUACUUCGAUGUGUUGGAGUACCUUGAUUCGAUGGGUCAGGCACCUAGCGAUGUGUUGCAUCCAUUGACCGAAUGA